AUGGCUGAAACUAUACUUCGAAUCGGUGUGCUUGCAGCUAGAGAUUUAGCAGCCGCUGAUAGAGAUGGUUUCUCCGAUCCUUACGCGGUAAUCAGAGUAGCAAAUAAAAAAUAUGAGACAGCAGUUAUCAAAAAAACAUUAAAUCCGGUAUGGAAUACAUCAUUUGACAUCAAAUUAAGCGAGUCGAAUCUACCUCCGCUCAUUGUCAUAACAGUAUGGGAUGAAGAUCGUUUUGGUCGUGACUUUCUUGGGGAAAUCACUAUCCCUAUUAAACAAGUAUUUGCUAGAAAUAAUGGUGGAUUAAAUGAUGGACAACCUAGAACCUUUGAUGACCCUGCGAAUCAACCUUCUGCUUACACUUUACAAAAGCGUACCGCCAGAAAUGAUGUUAAAGGUGAUAUCAUAUUGAAAUUUGGACUCGUUGAUAAUAAAAAUCGAUCCUUGGAAGAUUUAUGGUAUUUUUGGGAACAUUUAUGCAAUAGUACGGUUGUCCGAUAA